AUGAAUGUCAGUACAAGUGCCCUUGGAGUCCGUAGGAGAAAGCCACGGACCCAGAACAUCGAUGAUGAAGAAAAUGCCUCUUUGUUGAAGCUAGGGCCAGAGUUCCAGCUCACACAGAUUACCAAUACAGGAGACCAAGAACAGCUUAUAGCUCUAAAUUUAUCUGAAGCUAGACUUCUAAUCAGAGCUGCAUUAAAGGAGAGAAAAAGCAAACAAGAGGCUAGACAGUAUGAGGAAGAAGACGAGGAAAACGAAAGAGAGGAUGAGAUUGCAAACAUAGAGCUCGCAGGACCAAACUCGAACGAAGUCACCCAUAAGACAUUGAACUAUCUUUCCACUUUUACCAGAUUCAAGAACUCUUUCUCCACCGAGACGGUUGAGAAGCUCUUGAACGAUUUCAAUAGCCAAGCAUCGGAGCCUCUACACCCAUUUGAAUUGGCACAGUUGGGUAACUUAGAAUGUGAGGACGCCGAGGAAGCCAAGUCUUUGAUCCCUAGUUUGGCCAACAAAGUUUCUGAUGUUCAACUCAAGACCCUCUUGACUGAGUUGAGAAAGUACCAGACCUUGUCAUAA